AUGGCAUUCGGGGAACUGUUGGCCUCACUCCAGACCAACCCGUACUUCGGCGCCGGUUUCGGUCUCGUGGGCGUCACCGCCGGUCUGGCCAUCAUUCGCAAGGGUCUCAUGCUAUCAGCCCAUGGCCUUCAGCGGUACGCUCUGACCACGUGUGAAGUGAACAGCAAAGACAAGUCCUAUCAAUGGCUACUCGCGUGGAUCAGUCGCCAGUCUUCACGGGCACAACACGUGGCCGUCAGCACCGACUUCGUGGAGGACGAGGCGGGACGAGUCAGCUCGAGGUUCGGCUUCGUUCCGGCGCCGGGAAUACACUUCUUCCGCUUCGGCGGACGUAUAUUCAAAUGCGAACGAAGACGGGAACAGAUGGACGCGUUGGCCGGCAUGCCGUACGAGGUGUGCACUCUCACGACUCUCGGCCGCGACAAACAGAUCUACGCCGACAUCUUCGCCGACGCGCGCGAUAUAGCACUCGCCGACAGUCGCGACAAAACGGCCACUUAUAUAGCCUAUGGACACGAGUGGCGACCGUUCGGUCACUCGCGACCCAAACGCCCGAUAGAGUCGGUAAUACUGGCCGACGGACUCAUUGAGUUGAUCACUAAUGACUUGUACGCCUUUAUCACAUCUGCCAAUUGGUAUCACUCGCGAGGAAUACCAUACCGUCGCGGGUAUCUGUUCUACGGCCCGCCCGGCACUGGCAAGUCGUCGCUCAUCUUCUCGUUGGCCGGACUCUUGCAUUACUCCAUAUGUGUGUUGAAUGUAUCGGAUCUGUCGCUCACUGACGACCGGCUGACACAACUGCUCAACACUGCGCCCAAAGACGCCAUCAUUUUGCUGGAAGACAUCGACGCGGCGGUCGUGAGUCGAGCCCCGCAGGCCAGCGAUGGUGUCCGCUAUGACGGCCUGACACGAGUGACCUCUUCUGGCCUAUUGAACGCGUUGGACGGUGUGGUCAGUAGUGAUGCCCGCAUAGUAAUGAUGACCACAAAUCACGUGCAUGUGUUGGACGACACACUGACCCGACCCGGACGUGUGGACCUCAAAGUGCUUAUAGACAACGCAACUGAUAAUCAGAUCCGAAGAGCGUUUAUUAGGUUUUAUCCCAACGAUAAGGAUAUGACCGAUAAAUUCUUAGCGCACGUCCGGUCAGACCCGACGCCCGUAUCGAUGGCCAGAAUUCAGGCACACUUUCUGUUGCAUAGAGAUAGCGCUGAACAGACUUUAAAGCAUAAAGUUUUGUGA